AUGUUUAACGUUACCGCUGUUUAUUCGAAAAUACCAUUUUCAAAUUAUAAUUUACAAUCAUUGUUCGUCUUUAACUUUUUAGGUUAUUAUAGAACAAUGGCGUCAUCUUGGAGGUCCCGUAGAAUUCUAGGUUUGGUUCAAGCUGGAAAUAACCAAGAACCAUCUAGUAAUGAAGAACUCGAGCACAUAAUUAGUCAGGAUGAGACCAGAAGAGAAUACCAUGUAGAUAAUGAAAAUCAGGAAAAUCUAUCUCCAGAUUCUGAGCCGAUGCCAAUAACAGUUGAAAAAUUUGAUUUGAAACAGGAUUUACCUACUGUUACAAAAAUCGUUAGCCUAGUACCUGAUUAUAGCAGUGAUUCAACAGUGAGUGAAAAUGAUGAUAGUAUACACCUAAACAACAAUGCCGAGCCUGCUGAUUACGACUCUCAAAUUUUGCCGAUCUCAGGCAAUAAUACGCAACGUUCUCGAUCCUUCAGCACAUCUUCGUCGUCGUCUAGUUCCACUUCUUCUAGUUCAUCCUCAUCUUCAUCCAGUUCUUCAAGCUCCAGUAAUGCUCCAGAAGUUAGUAAGGAUCAACAAGUUAUUCAGCAAAGAGCGCGUCGAAAUAAGAACAGCGUGUCUAAUUAUAAUAUUUCCCCUAUUUACUCGGAUGAAAGUGAUAUUGAUCUCAGCGACGAUGAUCCUACCAUAGAUUAUACUUCAAUACCUAGAAAGCAUAUUAGGAGACAGAACUUUCUCUUUGAAGGAUCAACUUCAGAUUCCUCUGACUCCAAUAUCGAAACAAAUAAUAGUCGUCGAGGACGCAAGAGAUCACGAAAAAUUGAGAAGUGGCAGCAAGUGCGAUCGAAGCAACUUCGUAAUAAAGGCGAAUCGUAUGUCUCGAUGUCAAAAAGACGUAAAACUGUUCCGGCUCGAUUUAUGAAAGACACAUGUAACGAAAACUGUAAAUUAAAGUGUAAAGAUAAGAUCGAUGAUGAGGGGAGAUACCACUUAUUUAGCUCCUUUUGGGACCUAGGGAACUUAGUAGCACAGAGGGCCUAUUUACGAACGUGUAUGGAAAAUAUUACCCCCAAAUAUAAAUACAGUAAUUCCCAAAAUCCCAGACGUCCAAACAAAGCUUUUUAUUUUAUUUUAAAUGAUAAUAAAAUAAGAGUGUGUAAGACUUUUUUAAAGAAUACACUGUCUAUAUCUGAAAGAAUGAUUUACACGGUGCAAUCUAGAAUGAACGAUGGUUUUAUGCUUGAUGACCUGAGAGGGAGACAUAAUAAUCACAACAAACUUAACCCACAGUUACUAGAUGAUAUUCGAAAACAUAUCAAUACGAUUCCAAAACUAGAUUCACAUUAUGUUCGAGCUUCGACGUCAAAGCAGUACAUUGGCGUGAUAAGACUAUUAAGGAUUUGUACAAUGAUUUUGCUGCACAGCAAAGAAAUACUAACAGGAGGUAGGUAAUUAUAUGGCAUAUUACAAAAUAUUUAACAAUGAAUUUAAUUUGGGAUUUCACCAACCAAAGAAAGAUCAGUGUGAUCUAUGCACAUCAUAUCACAAUUCAAAUGUUGAACAGAAACAAGUUUUGGAAGAUAAAUACUAUAAGCAUAUGCAGGAGAAAACCUUGAGUCGUGCUGAAAAAUUUGCCGAUCGUCAAAAUAUAACCAAAGACUCUAGAGUAGUUAUCUAUGACUUAGAAGCUGUUUACAGUGUCCGAGGGUGAUACUUCGGCUUUUUAUUAUAAGUCGAAACUAAACAGCUAUAAUUUGACCAUGACAGAGCUACUAAAUGGAGAUAAAAAAGCAUAUGACAAUGUUUACUGUUUCUUUUGGACUGAGGUAGAUGCUAAACGAGGUGCUAAUGAGAUCGGCUCUUGCAUUUGGGAAUAUUUACAAAAUCUGUGUGCAAAAGACGAGGAACCGAAACAAAUUAUUUUUUACUCAGACAACUGCUGUGGGCAGAAUAAAAAUAAAUAUAUCGCCACUAUAUUUGUAUGCAGUAACUAAUCUAAAUAUUUCUAGUAUAACACAUAAAUUUAUGAUAAGGGGACAUACACAAAAUGAAGCAGACAGUGUGCACAGCCUAAUAGAAAAAGAGGUAAAGAAAAAUUUAAAAGCAGGUCCAAUUUAUAGUCCAGACCAGUAUGUUACACUUAUUAAAACUGCAAAAAAAAGUAAACCUGCAAUUAAUGUUCAUGAAAUGACGUUUGAGUCUUUUAUCAACUUAAAGUCUCUUCAAGAGCAGUGGGGUUACAACUUUAGUGUAGACAUAGAUGGGAAUACUGUAAAUUGGAAUGAUGUAAAGGUUUUGCAGAUGGUGAAAUCAAAACCAUUUCAUUUUUAUUAUAAAACUUCCUACAGUGAUACUAAUUUUAAACAAGUUGAUAUAAGAAACAAAAGAAAAAAAAUGGGCCCAAUAACUGCGAUUACUCUAGAUAAAGCAUAUAGCCAAAGACAACAGCUAAGUGAAAAUAAGAAAAAAGAUCUAAAAGAUUUACUAACAAAGAAAUUGAUUCCCUCCUUUUAUGCAAGUUUUUAUAAUUCCAUUGUUUAA